UUCAUUUUCCUUUUAAAAACUAGGGUGAUUAUCCUCAGAUUCAUUUUUUAUGUGGUUUUGAUAUUAUUCUGUUCUCUUAUUUUAUCUUCAUUAUUCCAGUGCGGCGCGCGGCUUCAGUAUGGCAAGUUUUUCAGUAGUCUCCUCUAAUUUUGCCAGAAGGCUAGAAGGCAAGGUGGCGUUAAUCACCGGCGGAGCAAGCGGAAUCGGCGAGAGCACUGCAAGACUAUUCUCAAAACAUGGAGCCAAAGUGGUAAUAGCUGACAUUCAAGACGAGCUAGGCUACUCUCUUUGCAAAGACUUGAAUCCAUCAUCACCAUCAUCAUCAUCAUCUUCAUCUGUUUCUUACGUCCACUGCGAUGUGAGGGACGAAAGCCACAUAGAAAAUGCAGUGGACACAACCGUUUCCAGGCACGGCAAGCUAGACAUCAUGUACAACAAUGCAGGCGUAACCGGCGUGUUCAAUCCAAACAUAAUGGAGAAUUCUAAAUCAAACUUUGAAGAGGUCAUUGGUGUGAACUUGACCGGCGUCUUCCUCGGGAUCAAGCACGCGGCGAGGGUCAUGGUCCCGGCUCGACGGGGCAGCAUUAUUGCCACCAGCAGCGUGUGCGGGCGCGUGGGUGGCAUGGCGUCCCACGCGUAUGCUUGUUCGAAACAUGCCGUCGUGGGGCUGGUGAAAAACACCGCUGUGGAGCUUGGACAGUUUGGUAUUCGUGUGAAUUGUGUUUCUCCGUACGCGGUCCCGACGCCGCUGACUAGAAGGAACCUUGGAUUUAAAGAUGAUGAGGAGUUUGGUGCGUUUUAUUCAAAUCUUAAAGGUGUUAUUCUUAAGGAUAAGGAUAUUGCUGAAGCUGCUCUUUAUUUAGGAAGUGAUGAGUCCAAGUAUGUUAGUGGGCAUGAUCUUGUUGUGGAUGGGGGAUUCAGUGUUUUGAAUUCUGGUUAUUGUGUGUUUGGACAAUCAUAGUUAUGCUUUUUGCUGUUUAACAGUUUUAUGUGGUGUGUGUUUGUUUCACACUUCAUCAAACAAUGUAUUUUCUAAUCUCUAAUAUUCUUAUAAUGGUGA